GCUAAGGAUUAGCCGCGGCUCAACAGGCCUCGACUAAUCCCUGGAACAAGACUUCUUUCGCUCUAUAAAGUGCCGGUUUUACCGAGCAACACUAGGGGCCUAGAUGCUAACGCUAAUGUAUUUCUAUGUGUAUAAACAAUAACCGUCGUAAUUUUUACUGUAAAAGAAGGUCAGUUGAAUUUGUGAAACGCAACUUUACAAUGUUUUGAACUGACAAUAGGCAACAUUAAAGGCUAGCUUUCGAUAUUUGGACAUGCUUAUCGGUAGUCACUGUGUCCACUUUGCUGUCUCGCUGGUAAAAACAUGUUUGUUUUAGCAACGUGAAUGCUCUCUCGUAAGGGGCAGACUCAUGGACUGAGCAGCUCUAGCUAGCUAAGCGCUGGAUAAACGAACAGCUAAACAGUGACCAGCACUGUGCUAGUGCAUCACAGCUCUGGGUUGGAUACCUGUGAUUGCAACAGAACACGGACUGUUACCACCUGCUGCCUUGUUACAGCAAGACGUUUACCCUAAAAUACGUUAAAUGAGUUCAGUGUCCCCCUGUCCUCGCUGGCCCUUCUGGUCCCCCCACUACGACUGAUGUCAGCUGUGAUGUGGGAAGUGGUACAGCAGCGGAACAUAAAGCACUAUGGGAAACUGGAAGAGUUUGUGUCCAUGGUAACAGAUGCAGUUCCCGAACUGAUGAGCAAAAGAGAGGGCAGGCUGCUCUCACUGGGCCUGAGAGCCAGGACAACACUAGAACUGCUGCGUUCAGAACACCCUGAAGACCUGAAGGCUGUUGAGACGCACCUUAACCGAAUUCGUACUUCUUGCAUGGAGGAGACAAACGAUCCUGUAAUUGAAGCUCCAGAGGCAAACUUCAUGAAACUGGUGCAAGGCCUCAUUGAAGACACUGAUGGCAGAGAACAUUUCCUCAAGAAUGUGUUUCCUGUUGAGUAUGGUCCUGACUUCGACACAGCACUAGAGACUCUGGUUUGUGAAUUCUUUACCAGACUGGAGGAGCUGCUUCCAAUACCAGAUUUUAAACAAACUGCCUCCUGGAUCAGUGCUGCUCCAUCUGUCCUGGAGGAAUACAUGCAGUGUGUCUCCAAUGGAGAUGAUCUUAAAUUUCUUCUCCAAAGCAAACAGUGCCAUGGAAAGCUGGCAAAGAGUAGCAUUGCACCGUUCCAGUCAGAUGAUCUUCUCAUCCCUUCUCUCUCUCUCCCUCCAUCCCUGGAAGUGGCCAUCACCUCCCAUCCAAGUGCCUGCGAGGAUGACAAUAACGAUGUUCCCCAGAUUGUCAUGUUUGAUGAGGAACUGUCCACAAAUCCCUCCACAUCAACUGACUUUCCUGAAUCCCCAAAAAGGACUGAUUUAGCAUCAUCUCCUCGACGGCGACAACAGUCAGGAAUGCAUAAAUGCCCAGAGUGUGGCAAAGGCUUCAAGCAUCACUCAGUCCUCAUCGAGCACCAGAGAGUGCACAGCGGGCUGCAGCCGUACAACUGCUCUGAGUGUGGUCGGGCCUUCAGAACAGCCACUCUGCUUGCUGGCCACAGGCUACGAAAAUGCAAAAAUGCUGCAUAUCUGUGUAUUAAAUGUGGCAACAGUUUUCCAACCUCACUGGACAAAUUCAGGCACCAUUGUCCAAAGCGUGGCCGUAACUACGACUGCGGACACUGUGGAAAGAAUUUCCAGAAAUCUAGCAGCCUAAAGGAACACAUGCUGAGUCACGUUCAAAGUCGACUUUUCAAGUGCAGCCACUGCGGUGUGGGGUUUUCAGGCAUUGGUGACCUAAAGUAUCAUCAGCAGAUGGACCAUGAUAAGCCUUAUCAGUGUAAGAAAUGUGGAAAGAGCUUCAUCUCCUCCAAGUGUCUGACCAAACACCAGCAGCGACACGAAGAGGUUGGUGAAAUUCAGUCCACUAAGUUAAUGAGUGGAGGUAAACAUAAAAGAAGCGGCUCCACUCAUCGGACCUCAGCAGCUCUGUCCUGCAGGAAGACCUCUGUGAAAGCGGUCUACUCACGAGGGCGAGUCACCCACAACUGUCCACUGUGUGGAAGGAGCUUCAAGUAUCGCUUUGAAUUUCUCGAACACCAGAGGUUCCACACUGCAGUGAAGCCCUACAAAUGCUCCCAGUGUGGAAAAGCGUUCCGCACGGAAGCUCACCUUUCAGGGCACAGGAAGAGGAAGUGUAAGAACGCUGCCCAUAUCUGCACCAAGUGCGGAUGUCAGUUCAGGUCUAUGCAUGAACGAGUCAGACAUCAGUGUGUGCAGCUGCUGACAAAAUACGAGUGUUCACAUUGUGGAAAGGCCUUUAAGAUGGCUCACCUGCUGAGGAACCAUCAAAUGAGUGACCAUCAGCUUCCCUACAGCCCCAACCAUCGCUUCAGAUGCAGAUACUGUGACGAGACCUUCCCCGGUAUCAGCGAGCUGAAGUACCACCAGCGUGUGGACCAUGAGAAACCCUACCAGUGUCAGGAAUGCGGCAAGUGCUUCCUGUCAGAGAAAUGCCUGGCGAAUCACGAGCUGCGGCACAACGAUGACAGGCCAGAAAGCUGCCUCGUCUGCGGCCGUGGUUUCAGAAACCGGUACGAUUUAAAGCAGCACAUGCGCACUCACACGGGGGAGCGGCCUUAUCAGUGCACCCACUGCUCACAGUGUUUCUCCACCGCAGGAGGCCUAAGGAGUCACACCCGGGUGCACACGGGCGAGAAGCCUCAUGUUUGCCCGGACUGUGGCAAGGCCUUCUCCCAGAUGGGGGCGAUGCGCACCCACAGGCUCACCCACACAGGGGAGAGGCCGUUCAAGUGCACCGUGUGUGGCAAGGGCUUCACGAUGGCCCACAAGGUCACGGUUCACAUGCGUGUACACACCGGGGAGCGGCCAUACGUAUGCUCUCAGUGCGGGAAAGCUUUCUCUGACGGUAGCGUGCUGAAGCAACACAUGCUGAACCACUCAGGAGUGAGACCAUACCACUGCCAGAUCUGUCCCAAGACCUACACCUGUCUGAACCACCUGAGGAGGCACCUGAAGAGCCACUCCAACAUCAACUGAAAGGAAACUUGAGCAAAUUCUGAUUACGAACACUGGACCAGUAGACCCAGCAAUACAUGAAGGAAUACUCAUUAUGCAGUAUGGUUACUAUUUUAGCUGUGUUUAUGUAAAGUUGGUGUAGUUCCAACAUCCAUCAGUCAUUGUGACAAUCAACACAGAUGGUUUUUCUCAUCUGGCUUUUCUUUUCUUACACCAGUUUCUAAUGCAUGAAUACAUUUGGAUGUAAAAGUCAGUGUGAGGUGGUGGAUAACACAUUAGUGGGAAUAUAUGCUCAAGGACUCAAAUGUAAAUUAAGUGAAACUCGUCACUGUAAAUAUACUGAAAGACAAACACGAGGGUGCAAAGUUGAACUAUCAAUGCCAUUUGUUUCAGCAGAACUUUAUUCCUCUGGCCCUUUUUUUAAAAUUCCCACUGUGGUUUGCAGAUUAAAUGACCUUGUUACACCUUG